AUGUCUGUGCCUGUGGCCUCAGCCAUUGCCAGCACCCCUGAUUUCUCUCCCUCAGCCCCACCUUCACGAUUUCAGACCAUAACAUCCCCUGCCUCUCCCUUCCAAGCCGAAGGCCCCAUAAACUUGAUGAGAAAGCCAGCCUACCCUGGCCCAGCUGGAAGUGGCACAGACACAAGCCCCCACCCCACCGCACCUGAAACCUGGCACAAGAAUCCGGACAUGGUGGCUGGCGAGUGGGCACACAGAAAUCUGGCCGGCCCGGGCGAGGCUGCCACAGAACCUAGCAUCUGGCAGCCUGAGCGUCCAGGGCCGGUCCCUCGACCUGCCCCCCCACCCGUCCUCACAGUCCUGGGGCCACUGCCCAAGGGUGGCCUCUGCCAACCCGUGCUCCUGCUCGGCCUCGGCCUCCUGGCCGGCCUGCUGCCGGCGCUGGCCGCCUGCCCCCAGAACUGCCACUGCCACGGCGACCUGCAGCACGUCAUCUGCGACAAGGUGGGGCUGCAGAAGAUCCCCAAGGUGUCGGAGAAGACCAAGCUGCUCAACCUCCAGCGCAACAACUUCCCGGUGCUGGCCGCCAACUCCUUUCGGGCCACGCCGAACCUCGUGUCGCUGCACCUGCAGCACUGCCAGAUUCGCGAGGUGGCCGCGGGGGCCUUCCGCGGUCUCAAGCAGCUCAUCUACCUGUACCUGUCCCAUAAUGACAUCCGCGUGCUGCGCGCAGGCGCCUUCGACGAUCUGACGGAGCUCACCUACCUCUACCUGGACCACAACAAGGUGACCGAGCUGCCCCGGGGGCUGCUGUCCCCACUGGUCAACCUCUUCAUUCUGCAGCUCAACAACAACAAGAUCCGAGAGCUGCGUCCUGGCGCCUUCCAGGGCACCAAGGACCUGCGCUGGCUCUACCUGUCAGAAAACGCACUCAGUUCUCUGCAGCCGGGGUCCCUGGACGACGUGGAAAACCUCGCCAAGUUCCACGUGGACAAGAACCAGCUGUCCAGCUACCCCUCGGCUGCCCUGAGCAAGUUGCGGGUGGUGGAGGAGCUGAAGCUGUCCCACAACCCCCUGAAAAGCAUCCCCGACAACGCCUUCCAGUCCUUCGGCAGGUACCUGGAGACCCUCUGGCUGGACAACACCAACCUGGAGAAGUUCUCAGACGGUGCCUUCCUGGGUGUGACCACGCUGAAACAUGUCCAUCUGGAGAAUAAUCGCCUGAACCAGCUGCCCUCCAACUUCCCCUUUGACAACCUGGAGACCCUCACCCUCACCAACAACCCCUGGAAGUGUACCUGCCAGCUCCGGGGCCUUCGGCGGUGGUUGGAAGCCAAGGCCUCUCGUCCUGAUGCCACCUGCGCCUCACCGGCUAAGUUCAGGGGCCAGCACAUCCGUGACACGGACGCCUUCCGCAGCUGCAAGUUUCCCACCAAGAGGUCCAAGAAAGCCGGCCGCCAUUAAACAGGUCCUGACCUAGCCAGUCCUGGUGACUGGCCUCUGCCUUCUGCCGGAGAGACUACUGACCUUCCUGCCUCCACCCCCACCUUCUCCCCACAGCCUCUGCUGAUGCACAGAGCUGCCCACAUCUAGACACGUCCUGGCAGGGAGCCUCGGACACUCCACUACCAACCCAGCGCCACCCGGCAGUGUCCUGGGGAAGACACAGAGCCCCUCCCCAGCCACCAUGCCAUCCCCACUUCCUGACUCCUCUUAGAGAGGCUGUUGCCGAGACCCCCAAAUCCAUCAGAACCAGAACUGAGUGGUCAUCAGGAUGGCCACCUUUCCAGAAUCAUCCUUCCUUCGUUCCUCUUUCCCCACCAUGUGGAAGCAAACAUCAGACCCUUGACCCAACCCUUGCUUCCAGAAAGGGUCUUCAGCCCAUACCCCAAUUCUGCCAGCUCCCGCCUGCCAGGACAGUCUAGCAGGACAUCGGUGCUUUGCUGCCCACCUCCCGUGCUGCAUUUCUCCCCCAGAUUUCUAUAAAUAUAAAUUUAUGUAUGUGUGAUAUUUA